UUAUUACUCUUUUUUUUUUUUUUUUUCAUCAUAUCAUCAAUGCCUCAUAAACCCUUCAUCAAACCCAUCUAGCCAACGCCAUCAUAAAGUUCCCAACUUUUUUUCCUUCAGAUUCCCUCACUUCCUCUCUCAAUUUUCCCAAGAAAAAAACAAACGCGAGGAACAACAAUGGCGAAUACCCUUCCCUUUGGGGGUGGUUGUUUUCUUUUUGGGUUUCUUUCAGUUCUUUGCUUCUUUGCUUUACAUGUCUCUUCUCAAUCCGGCCCUGAUUCUUCAGUCAUGGGAAAGCUCAAAACCAGCCUAAAGCUCCCUUCUUCGCUCGAUUGGUCUGACCCUGACCCUUGCCAAUGGACCAACGUUCGCUGUGAAAACCAGAGGAUCACCCGGAUUCAAAUUCCCAGCAAAAACGUUGGUGGAACCCUUCCCCCUGAUCUCAAAGACCUGUCUCAGCUUAAAGUCUUUGAAGUCAUGAACAACCAAAUCAGUGGACCCAUCCCCAGCCUUGCUGGGUUAAGCCUGUUGGAAGAAGCCAACUUCCAUGACAACAAUUUCUCAUCUUUCCCUUCUGAUUUCUUCACUGGCUUAACCUCGUUAACCGCUAUUUACCUCGAUAACAACCCUUUCGAGCCAUGGCAGGUUCCUGAGAGCAUAAAGGAAGCAACUUCUUUGAAAGCUUUCUCUGCUAACAAGGCUAAUCUUAAUGGGAGAUUCCCAGGUUUGUUUGACCUUGCUACUUUUCCAGGCUUGACAGAUUUGCAUGUGGCCAUGAACAACCUUGAAGGUGAAUUGCCUGCAUCCUUAGCGGGUUCCAUGAUUCAGUCUUUCUGGGCCAAUGGGCAGAGGUUGAAUGGGACAAUUGAAGUGAUACAGAACAUGUCUUCUUUAAGAGAGGUAUGGUUGAAUAUGAACCAGUUUACAGGUCCCUUGCCUGAUUUUUCAAUGUUGACUCAGUUGAGCAAUUUGAGUUUGAGGGAUAAUCAGCUCACUGGUGUUGUUCCUUCGUCUUUGAUUAACUUAAAGUCACUCUAUAUCGUGAAUUUGACUAAUAAUAAACUUCAAGGACCAACCCCUAAAUUUGCUGAUGGUGUAAUUCUAGAUAUGAGGGCUGGUAGUAAUAGAUUUUGCUUGGAUGAUCCUGGUGUUGCUUGUGAUGAACGUGUUACUAUUUUAUUGUCUAUAAUGGAAGCUUUUGGUUAUCCAGAGAAUUUUGCUGAUAAUUGGAAGGGGAAUGAUCCUUGUAAUGACUGGUUAGGUAUUUCAUGUGUUCAAGGAAAUAUUGUGUCUAUCCUUUUUGCAAAAAAAGGGCUUACUGGUACUAUUUCUAGUAAUUUUGCGAAGCUUGAUUCCUUGACAACUUUGGAUCUUUCUGGUAAUAAUCUUACCGGCACGAUACCGACAGAGCUCACUACAUUGCCGAAGCUUGUUCGAUUAGAUGUUUCGAACAACAGGCUACAUGGAAAAGUACCACCUUUCAGGCAAAAUGUGGCGGUGAUAACUGCUGGUAACCCUGAUAUAGGAAAAGAAAUGGCUUCGCCACCAGCUGGCAAGUCCCCUGGUGGAUCUCCUGGCGGCGGCGGCGGUAGUUCCUCUGGAAAUGGUGAAAAGAAAUUGAAUACGGGGACAGUUGUGGGUUCUGCAAUUGGUGCAGUUGGUGGCUUGAGUCUUCUUGUUUUGGGUAUCUGUUUGUAUGCUAGAAAAGGAAAGCGUACCAGUAAAGUGCGGAGUCCAGCUACUGUAGUCAUACAUCCUCAUCAUUCCGGUGACCAAGAUGGAGUUAAAAUCACCGUUGCUGGAUCGAGCGUCACUGGUGGAAGUGAAACUUUCAGCCACUCAAGCAGUGGACCAACUGAUGUUCACUUGGUUGAGGCUGGCAACAUGGUGAUCUCGAUUCAAGUUUUGAGGGAUGUGACAAAUAAUUUCAGUGAGGAAAAUGUGCUAGGAAGGGGUGGUUUUGGGACAGUUUACAAAGGGGAAUUACAUGAUGGGACAAAGAUUGCGGUGAAAAGGAUGGAGUCCAGUGUUGUGAGCGAGAAGGGUUUGGCCGAGUUUAAGUCCGAGAUUGCAGUUCUUACUAAGGUUCGUCACCGCCAUUUAGUCGCACUUCUUGGAUAUUGCUUGGAUGGAAAUGAGAGGCUUCUUGUAUAUGAAUAUAUGCCUCAAGGGACCCUUAGUCGGCACCUAUUCAACUGGAAACAUGAAGGACUGAAACCACUUGAAUGGACUAGACGACUUACAAUUGCCCUAGAUGUCGCUCGAGGUGUUGAGUAUCUACAUGGUCUGGCACAACAGAGUUUCAUUCAUCGAGAUCUUAAGCCAUCAAAUAUUCUUCUCGGAGAUGAUAUGCGUGCCAAGGUUGCAGAUUUUGGCUUGGUCCGUCUAGCUCCUGUGGAUGGCAAACAGUCAAUUGAAACAAGGCUAGCAGGAACCUUUGGGUAUUUGGCACCGGAGUAUGCAGUUACUGGACGAGUAACCACGAAGGUAGAUGUAUUUAGCUUUGGUGUGAUCCUCAUGGAAUUGAUCUCAGGCCGAAGGGCACUUGAUGAAACUCAGCCCGAGGAAAGCAUGCACCUUGUGUCAUGGUUCCGUCGGAUGCACAUGAACAAAGACACAUUCCGGAAGGCCAUUGACGAAACAAUCCGGCUUGAUGAGGAAACGCUAGCCAGUGUUAGCACAGUGACUGAGCUUGCUGGCCACUGUUGUGCUAGGGAGCCCUACCAGAGGCCAGAUAUGAGCCAUGCGGUCAAUGUGCUGUCAUCACUAGCAGAGCUCUGGAAACCAGCAGAACCCGAUUCGGAUGACAUCUAUGGCAUUGACCUUGAAUUAACUUUACCCCAGGCAUUGAAAAAGUGGCAAGCCUUCGAGGGGAACAGCAGUGUGGAUGACUCCUCAUCAUUUCUGGGCAGUACAGACACUACACAGACCAGCAUACCAUGCCGGCCGCCAGGUUUUGCUGAUUCAUUCGCAUCAGCUGAUGCCCGAUGAAAGACACAAAGAACAACAACGCAAGUUUCUAGUGUCAAAUCGAUUGUUCCAAGAUGUUUGGGUUUGUUCAUUCCUUCUACUUCAUUUCCCAUUACAAUCUUUGCUCUCAUCAGUUAUAGUUUGUCAGAGACGGUUUCUUUCUCCCAUUUAUUUAUCUCAGUAGUUUGAACAACUGAAAUUUUCGAAUGUAUUGUACAAGUUAUCGAAAUGCAAUCGAGUAACGACGUAUCUUGCAUGUCUA